GACCAUAGAGUACCUUUCUCCCCAGUCAGGGCCACCAGCGACAGCGGCCGGCCAAAUACAACUCGAAUAGCUGGAUACCCUAUUCGACUAGCACCUCUAUGCAGCUAGCACCCUGUGUGUAGUCUGUAAUGCUCUGCGCACUGCACAUCAAUCGACUCCGAAAAUUCUCCAAAGUUGACAGCAACUACACUCCCGACCCCCGCAACUGGCUGCCUGUUUGCACCCAAAUGGCCCGCAAGUCGUCUUUCCAACUCCUGUUCCCCCGGGUGUCGCAGGCCGACUUGCUCGACCGCCGCCCGGAGUUGCUCCAAAACUGCAAACGUCGCAAGACUUCCCACCACCACCACGACUACGACUUCUCCAAAGCCGCCAACCAGUACGAUUACAACGAGGCCAUUGUCCAGGAAUACUUCGACGUCCCCAACUACACUCUCAGCCGCGUCAAUCUCUGUCCCACCGUUACCAGCCGCCUCGAGUACCUCCGUUUGGUGGAGCUGCGCUUGGCCGAGCCUGUGGAGAUUGUCCGCGAGACGGUGCUACAGUCACUGCCAGCUCCUCGCUACGUAGUGGAUAUCGGUACUGGCGCCUCGGUAAUUUUUCCCGUGGUGGGACUAGCACUCAACGACACCACCCGGUUCAUUGCCACUGAAACAGACACUGCUGCCAUGUCGUACGCCCAACAAGUGGUGGCUGCGGACCCCAGACUUGCAUCCCGUAUCACCCUCGUGCUGGUGGAGCCUCACGACGCCCUCAUUCCCGUGGAAUCCGUGGAAGCAGCGGUGGCCGCAAGCGGAGGCUCGGUGCGGUACACCGUGUGCAAUCCGCCGUUCUACGAGGACGCGCGCGACCUCCAGCGACGCGAAGCUGGAAAGUCUCGCAAGCCCAACGAGCUCACCGCCAGCGCUAGCGAGCUCUACUGUGCUGGGGGCGAGGUGGCGUUCGUGAGCCGGCUCGUGGACCAGAGCCUCGAGCUUCGCCAUCACGCCAGCUUUGCCCACACAUGGUACACCAGUAUGGUGGGGAUCCGCGAGCACGUCGACCAGAUCCAGGCGUACUGGACUUCCCACGGCAUUACCAAUACCUGGGUGCAGGGCUAUGGGGCUACCACCAGGCGGUGGAUCGUGGCAUGGGCCACUAGUGGGGCCGUAGAUCCGGGGCCGCCAGUGUACCGAGCGCCGCGGCCGGAACUGGCCGGGGAACGGCCGGCAGUGCCGGCAGUGGUGAGUGCAGCACCAACUCCGGCGAUCCCGAGCACGUAUCAGACGCUGGUUGCCAACUACGUCAGCGCCCAGCUCGCCAGGUAUGCACAGACACAUGCGUUCGAGUACUUGGUGAUGGAGUCCCAGGCGGUGUAUGUGGUGACUCGCCAGCCGGUGUGGUUGCGGCGGUUCCGGCGCCGUCCGCGUGUCAUGACGCCUGUGGUGAUCCGGGUGGCGGAAAUCAGCCCCAUCGUGGUACACAUGGCGUAUAAUCAAAGCGGCGAAGACCUGCAAGCAAUUAUCACUAGUUUGUCUCAGAUCCUUGCAGGCAGGCACUAAAAAUAGUUGCUGUCGGCAGCGCCGGGUGCCGAGCAUAUAAAUAUUUGCACCCGCUGCAGAGUACGCUUAGCAGAGACGAUACCUUCAAGUACAAUUGAGCGUUCAGUCAAGCUGCAAUUACACUUUUACAGCCAACAACUUCUACAGCCGACCCCACCACUGUUUCAAGCAGAGACUACGACUUAUUUGCUGCCAACCACUUUUCUCACCCACCUUAAUAACUCCACCAACAUGCUCUCCAUCACCCACAGCACCCGCCGUGCCUACGAGUUGUACUACUACUUCCUUCCCCUUUCCGUGAUGUCCAGCGCAGAAAGAU